AUGGUUGCAAAACCAUCUCUGCUACGGCCGCGUUGGCCUGGAAGAAAAUGCUAUCGUAGAUUCAAUCAAGACAAAAAAUCGGCAUGGAGAUGUGCUCAGUGCAAGAAUACAAAAAAUGAACUAUCGAUCAACGAAGUCAUAUUCAAAGAGAUCCGUUACAUUAAAAGUAGGGUUAACUAUACACCAGAAUUGCUGGAAGAUGUCAAGACCAUCAAGUGCAAACUGGAGGAGCUUAAAGACGCUUGUAAUGUAAACAACAAGCGAUUGGACGAGUUCGACGCCAGAAUUGCAACAACGGAGGAAAACGUAUCAGAGAUCAUCAUAUCAAGGACAAUCUCGCCAUAA